AUGCCGACCCUCGACGUCAGCGAGCUGAACAUUGUUCUGGGCGUACUUGGUCUGUACAUCCUGGCCUAUGGCAUCAUUUCGGUCAAGAUCAAGAGCAAGUGGUAUCUCGGCGAGGCUUUGCCUGCUGUGGUUAUAGGAAUUUGUCUCGGUCCCUUGGCAGCCAAGUUCAUUGAUAGCGACCGAUGGGGUUCCGCAUCAGAAGGGCAGACCAAUGCUAUUACUCUGGGCCUUGCUCGUGUCAUGAUCGGCGUCCAGCUAGUGAUUGCAGGCUACCAACUUCCCGCCAAGUAUCAACAGAAACGAUGGAUGGAGAUGGCCAUGUGCCUGCUUCCCAUUAUGACCAUCAUGUGGCUCUGCACCACCCUUUGCAUGCUAGCUACGGUCCCGAAGGUCACCCUACUCGCUGCCCUCGUCAUCGCCUCAUGCGUCACCUGCACCGACCCGAUCCUUUCACAAGCCAUCGCCAAAGGCCCCUUUGCAGACAAGUUCGUGGCCCGGGACUUGCGUGAGAUGAUAUCGUCGGAAGCAGGGGCUAAUGAUGGCUUCGGUUUUCCGUUCCUCAUGCUCGCGGUCUAUCUCAUUCGGCAUGCCGAUAUCCCCGGGGCCGGCAAGGGAACCGAGACCGGUGCCUCCGUGGUCGAAAGGGCAGCCCAACUGUUUGCUCGCCAAGAGGAGGGGGUCGGUCGUCUUGGGGGCGGAGUCGGUGUCGCUCUGACUAAUUGGGCUGUGGAGACUUGGCUCUAUAUCGUCCUGAUGUCUGUGGCCAUCGGCGCUCUCGUCGGAUUUGGGUCUGGAAAGGCUCUGAAAUUUGCCUUGCGGAAGAAGUGGAUCGAUUCCGAGAGUUACCUGCUUUACCCAACCGCUAUUGGACUAUGGCUCGUUGGCAUUUGCGGCAUGCUCGGUACCGAUGACCUUUUAGCAUGUUUCGUGGCCGGCAACGCCAUGAAUUGGGACGGCGAUUACUUGGCUGAAACCGAAAAGCGCCACGACGAGGUUAACUCCUCGGUUGACGUCUUACUCAAUUUUGGAGGAUUCAUGUAUAUCGGCUCCAUUAUGCCAUGGGACCAGUUCAACCAGCCUGACAUCACCGGACUGACUUGGGGUCGUCUAUUCGCGCUAGGUGCCUUGGUCAUCGCUUUCCGCCGCAUCCCAGCUAUCUUCAUGUGCUACAAGGCGAUGCCCAAAGUAUGCAAAAGCUGGAAAGAAGCCCUCUUUAUGGGCUACUUCGGUCCCAUCGGUGCUGGAGCGGUCUUUUACGUCGAGCAUACGCGCCACCUCUUUCCAGAGCUUGGCCACGGCGACACGGAGGAGACAGACCUCGUCCGAGUCAUGGUACCAGUUGUCUAUUGGCUUGUGCUUUUCUCCAUCGUGGUCCAUGGCCUGUCGAUCCCCGCCUUGAACCUCGUCUACAAGUACGCUGGCGUCAAACCCAUACAGGAGGAUGCCGUCGAGCUGCGUCGAGCAUCCAUCUAUGUACCGACCCCCAGCAAUGCUCUUGUUGGUAAUCGAGAGACUUUUAUUGCUUAUAACCGCUUCUCGCGGCCUGUUUUCAAUACGGCAGAGCUGCCCUACAUGGGGAAAGACUCAAGGACAUACAGCGAUGCGAAGUCGGUCGAUGAUUAAAUGUGCGAAUCAGAUGUAAACUUGGGAGAGUAUGAGCUAGGGUGUUUACUGGACAUGAAGCAUGCUUCAAAGGUGGCGAAAGAUGAACUAGUCACUUUCUAGGAUAUGCAUGCCUACCUCAAUACUAGGAACACGACUCUUACAUCUGAAGCAAGUUACAUGAAAGAGCGACAGAUACUUAUCAAGCCCCACGAAUAAACGAAC